AUGUCAAUACGUGUUUGUAAAAUUAAUUUAAAUUCAUUAUUUGUAUUUACUGAUAGUGAUGAUUGUAUGAUAAAAAUAACAAAUAUUUUGAAUUGGAUAUGUUUAUAUACUUUGCAUAAACAUCAAGCUCCUAUCAAUACUCUUUCUAUUGAUCCUUAUCAGGCAACAACAUUAAUAAGUGGUUGUUAUAAUGGAACAUUAUGUUCAUGGGAUAAUGAUUGUUUGAAACAGAUACAUGUCAAUGCGCAUCCAUCCUCAAUAAUAAUUGAUAUAAAUAUCAGUGAUCAUUCAUCGACUAAACGAUAA